AUGCAUUCGCCAAUGUACCGAUACGGUUUGUCGGUCAGGUUUUUCCGUCGUUAUUGGCAUGUAUCGGAGCCAACGCGAGCCGACGAACUAGCAACAAAAUCAUUUCCUGCUCAGCCUUACUCAUGGCUAGCCCGCAAAAACGCACCUUACUCUCCAGUUUUAUGGGUAUACCUCAUCACACAAAGCCGCCCCAGAAGAGGAUCAUAA